AUGGUAUUAGACUUCCUUGUGAUGUGGGAAAUCCAGGUUGAAGGUCUUCUGCCUGAUUCAGAGCAGAGACUUGAACCUGGUUCUUCCUCAUGUCAGGCUCCAAGUAAACCAAGUGCAAACUGUUGUCUUCCCAAAGCUGCAUGCAGGCUAUCACAAUUUCCUUAUGAAUAUCAUCCAGUAUUUCUAAGCUUUGAGACAUAUGAUGAACAGAGUUUUGUUCCCAUGUGUAACAUUUCAUCAGAUAAAUACUUUAAUUUCUCCUCUGUGACAGAAUUGUUACCUGAAGAACAAUGUUUUCCUCUGUUCUUUCCUCUCCCUCACCAGUGCAUAGUGUGGGACUGGGAUUCCAAUGGCAAACAUGACUUCAUUGGAGAAUUUAGUUCAACUUUCAAGGAAAUGCGAGGAGCAAUGGAGGGCAGACAGGUACAGUGGGAGUGCAUAAACCCUAAGUACAAAGUAAAGAAGAAGAAUUACAAGAAUUCAGGCAUUGUGAUUCUUAACCAGUGCAAGAUCCACAAGAUGCAUUCUUUCUUAGAUUACAUCAUGGGUGGAUGCCAAAUACAGUUUACAGUAGCUAUAGAUUUCACGGCAUCCAAUGGAGAUCCUAGGAACAGCUGCUCUCUGCACUACAUCCACCCGUAUCAACCUAAUGAGUACUUGAAGGCAUUGGUUGCUGUUGGGGAGAUUUGCCAAGACUAUGACAGUGAUAAAAUGUUCCCAGCCUUUGGUUUUGGAGCCAGGAUACCACCAGAAUUUAAAGUCUCGCAUGAUUUUGCAAUCAAUUUCAAUGAAGACAACCCAGAAUGUGCAGGGAUACAAGGAGUUGUUGAAGCGUAUCAGAACUGCCUCCCUAAGCUACAGCUUUAUGGGCCAACAAACAUUGCUCCUAUCAUCCAGAAGGUGGCUAAUUCAGCCUCGGAGGAGACCAACACCAAGGAGGCAUCGCAAUAUUUCAUCUUACUGAUUCUGACAGACGGUGUGAUCACAGACAUGGCUGACACCCGGGAGGCUAUCGUUCAUGCCUCUCACCUGCCUAUGUCAGUUAUCAUCGUUGGGGUUGGAAACGCCGAUUUCAGCGAUAUGCAGAUGCUGGAUGGUGAUGACGGGAUCCUGAGGUCCCCCAAAGGCGAGCCUGUUCUUCGAGACAUUGUCCAGUUUGUGCCAUUUAGGAACUUCAAACAUGCAUCCCCAGCUGCACUAGCAAAAAGCGUUUUGGCUGAAGUUCCAAAUCAAGUGGUGGACUAUUACAAUGGCAAAGGGAUUAAACCAAAAUGUAUGUCAGAGUAUGAGUCUUCCAGGACAGUAGUGCCAUGAACUUCCCCGCACCCUUUUACAGAGUUCAAAACUGCUACUACUACAACUACAGUACUUUAAAACAACAACAUAGCACGUUUUGGUGAUUUUUAACUAAAAUAAUUUUUUUGCAUGUGUAGCCUAAAGGCUUGAAUCUGUUAAGCAGUUGUUAUUGUUGAAAACUUUUUAUGAAAAGAAGGAAACUAACUCUUUGCAUUACAGCAUGUCGCCUUGAAAUAAAAAAAAAAGUUAUCUGUAUCUGGUUUUUAUACAGGUUUGUUGAAAUUUUGCUAAAUUUCUUAUUAUCUUUCCACUGUAAAGCAUUUUGAAACAUUUGAGAGCUGAUGGCCAAAAUAUCUUUGGUUUUAUCUGCUGUGAAACGAAAGAUUUUUCAAAAUGGCAGAUGCAUGAACUGUAUUUUGCAUGUUUAAAAUAAA